AUGUCUGGGCCCGGCAACAAACGCGCCGCUGGGGAUGGGGGUUCGGGGCCCCCAGAGAAGAAGUUGAGCCGCGAGGAGAAGACCACCACCACGCUUAUAGAGCCCAUUCGCCUGGGAGGCAUCUCUUCCACGGAGGAGAUGGACCUCAAGGUUCUGCAGUUCAAAAACAAGAAACUUGCAGAGCGGCUGGAACAGAGACAGGCAUGUGAAGACGAACUCCGGGAACGAAUUGAGAAGCUGGAGAAGCGGCAGGCCACAGAUGACGCCACCCUCCUCAUUGUCAAUCGCUACUGGGCCCAGCUGGAUGAAACUGUGGAAGCCCUUCUCCGACACCAUGAGAGCCAGGGGGAGCUGUCUUCAGGGACAGAGGCACCUGGGACCCAGGAGGGGCCGACACGUGAUGAGACCCCUCUCACAGAGCCAGGGACUUCGGAGCUGAGGGAACCCCUGCCAAUGCAGCUGCGGCCCCCUCUCAGUGAGCCAGCCUUGGCUUUUGUGGUGGCCCUUGGCGCAAGCAGUAGUGAGGAGGUGGAGCUGCAGCUGCAGGGCCGCAUGGAGUUCUCCAAGGCAGCUGUGUCCCGUGUCGUGGAGGCCUCUGACCGCCUGCAGCGCCGGGUGGAAGAACUCUGUCAGCGAGUAUACAGCCGAGGGGACAGUGAGCCUCCCGGUGAGGUGGCUCGGGCACGUACCCGGGAGCUGGGCCGUGAGAAUCGGCGGCUACAGGACUUGGCCACCCAACUACAGGAGAAGCACCACCGCAUCUCAUUGGAGUACUCUGAGCUCCAGGAUAAAGUGACAUCUGCAGAGACCAAAGUGCUGGAGAUGGAGACGACAGUAGAGGACCUGCAGUGGGACAUUGAGAAGUUGCGGAAGCGGGAGCAAAAACUUAAUAAGCACCUGGCAGAAGCCUUAGAGCAGCUCAAUUCUGGCUACUAUGUGUCUGGGAGCUCUUCAGGCUUCCAGGGGGGCCAGAUCACACUCAGCAUGCAGAAGUUUGAAAUGCUGAAUGCAGAGUUGGAGGAAAAUCAGGAAUUGGCCAAUAGCCGCAUGGCAGAGUUGGAGAAGCUGCAGGCCGAACUUCAGGGGGCCGUGCGGACCAAUGAGCGCCUCAAGGUAGCAUUGCGGAGCCUUCCCGAGGAGGUGGUCCGGGAGACAGGGGAGUACCGGAUGCUGCAGGCACAGUUCUCACUGCUCUACAAUGAGUCUCUGCAAGUGAAGACCCAGCUGGACGAGGCCCGUGGGCUGUUGCUGGCCACCAAGAAUUCCCACCUGAGGCACAUUGAGCACAUGGAGAGUGAUGAGCUGGGGCUGCAGAAGAAGCUACGCACCGAGGUUAUACAGCUGGAGGACACUCUGGCCCAGGUUCGCAAGGAGUACGAGAUGCUGCGCAUCGAGUUUGAACAGAACCUGGCGGCCAACGAGCAGGCGGGGCCCAUCAACCGCGAGAUGCGCCACCUGAUCAGCAGCCUACAGAACCACAACCACCAGCUAAAGGGGGACGCCCAGCGAUACAAGCGGAAACUGCGCGAAGUGCAGGCCGAGAUUGCCAAGCUCCGGGCCCAGGCCAGUGGCUCUACUCACUCCAUCCCCAGCCUGGGCCACCCAGAGGACUCCAGCCUCGGUGCCUCAGUCCCAGGGAAAGAAGAGGGUGGGCUAUGCCCUGUUGGUGCCCCUGACACCAGAAAGGAGAUGGCUUCCAUGCCUGGCGCUGCCAUUACUACCUCGUCAGCGAAGAAGGAAGACCUGGUGCCCUCUGAGGAAGAGACCCAGGCCCUGACCCCCGGGGCCCAGGGACCCUCCUCCCGGGGCCGAGAACCUGAGGCCAGACCCAAGCGGGAGCUUCGGGAGCGAGAAGGGCCUGUUCUGGGACCCCCGUCUGUAGCCUCAGCUCUCUCAAGGGCUGAUCGGGAGAAGGCCAAAGUGGAAGAGGCCAAGAGGAAGGAAUCAGAACUCCUCAAAGGUCUCCGAGUAGAGCUCAAGAAGGCCCAGGAAAGCCAGAAGGAGAUGAAGUUGCUGCUAGACAUGUAUAAGUCUGCGCCCAAGGAACAGCGGGAUAAGGUGCAGCUCAUGGCAGCGGAACGCAAGGCCAAGGCUGAGGUCGAUGAACUCCGGGGCCGCAUCCGGGAGCUGGAGGAGAGGGAUCGGAGGGAGAGCAAGAAGAUCGCGGAUGAGGAUGCCCUGCGGCGCAUUCGUCAGGCAGAGGAGCAGAUCGAACACCUGCAGCGCAAGUUGGGUGCCACUAAGCAGGAGGAGGAGGCCCUGCUGUCAGAGAUGGAUGUGACUGGCCAGGCCUUUGAGGACAUGCAGGAGCAAAAUGGGCGGCUGCUCCAGCAGCUGCGAGAAAAGGAUGACGCCAACUUCAAGCUGAUGUCAGAGCGGAUCAAAGCCAACCAGAUUCAUAAGCUGCUGCGGGAGGAGAAGGACGAGCUGGGCGAGCAGGUUCUUGGCCUCAAGUCCCAGGUGGAUGCCCAGCUGCUGACCGUGCAGAAGCUGGAGGAAAAAGAGCGAGCCUUGCAGGGCAGCCUCGGAGGUGUGGAGAAGGAGCUGACACUACGCAGCCAGGCCCUGGAGCUCAACAAGAGGAAGGCCGUGGAAGCAGCCCAACUGGCCGAGGACCUGAAGGUGCAGCUGGAGCAUGUGCAGACACGGCUGCGAGAGAUCCAACCUUGCCUGGCCGAGAGCCGGGCUGCGCGGGAGAAAGAGAGCUUCAACCUCAAGAGGGCUCAGGAGGACAUCUCCCGGCUGCGGCGCAAGCUGGAGAAGCAGAGGAAGGUGGAAGUUUAUGCAGACGCUGAUGAAAUCCUCCAGGAGGAGAUCAAGGAAUACAAGGCGCGGUUGACCUGCCCCUGCUGUAACACCCGCAAGAAAGAUGCAGUCCUUACCAAGUGCUUCCACGUUUUCUGCUUCGAGUGUGUGCGGGGCCGCUAUGAGGCCCGCCAGAGGAAGUGCCCCAAGUGCAACGCCGCCUUUGGUGCCCACGACUUCCACCGUGUCUACAUCAGCUGA